AUGCAAGAGCCUCAAGAAAUGGUGGAAGAGACAGUUACUGUGGAGGAAGACCCGGGCACUCCCACUUCCCAUGUGUCUAUUGUCACUUCUGAAGAUGGAACCACAAGGAGAACUGAAACCAAGGUUACCAAAAUGGUCAAAACAGUCACCACCAGAACAGUGCGUCAGGUGCCACUUGGGCCCGAUGGCCUGCCGUCAAUGGAUGGCUCGUCUCCCAUGGGCAGCUACACAGAUUCAAUAGACAGAAGGUACAUGAAGAAUGGGGAGCGGUACAUCACACCACAAGCAUCAUCCACGUUAACCAGAUCUUACAACAACUACAACGAUUCUUACCCUGAAAGCCACGACGGCCAAUAUCGCCCUUAUAUUGGUCACGAUGGUUAUGGAGAUCUAUCUGAUAACUACGGCAGCUUGUCUCGUGGUGUCAACUACCGUCCUCGCUAUGCCUACAUGCCAGGAAACAGCUACCGGCCAGAUGAUGGUAGCUUCACUUUGCCAAGCAGAAGGGAUAACUAUGGUCCUGUUGCCCAGCCUCAGGUGCCGGUGGGUAGCAAUGUUGACUUGAACCGCUUCCAACCAGAGCCCUAUGGACUGGAAGAUGAUAACCGCAGCCUUGGAGUAGAUGAUGAAGGAUAUGAACUGGAUCCUGAUUAUUCCACUGUGAACCGGAGGACAUCUGCAGGCGUGCCAGAAAGAGGAAGACCUCACAAAGGAAG